UUUAGGAAGGAGUAUCCGGUUGCUUCUGUUGUUACUCCAACUCAAGGUUAAAAGUUGUGACACAGUGGGGAUUUUUGGCGCCGCACAUUCCCCCAAAUUGCAACAGUAAAAAUAUUUUUGGGCGAAACAGAGACCACUCAUACUCACCACUUACACCCGCAUCACCCUUGUUCAAGAGCCAACAACACCCCACCCAGAAAACAGCGAAAAAAUAUACGAGGAAAGCAGUUACUCGGAUUAUCAAGACUGAAAUACCAGAAAAAGAAAAAGAAAAACCAGGAGGAUGUCUCGCAGCCUCCCCAACAUCAUCAUCACGGGCACCCCCGGCACCGGCAAGACGACUCACAGCGAACUGCUGGCCGAGCGUACAGGUCUCAGGCACAUCUCAGUCAACGAGGUGGUCAAGGAUCGCGAGUGCCAUGAGGGCUGGGACGAUGAGUUCCAGAGUUGGAUUGUGGACGAGGAUAAGCUGCUCGACGCCAUCGAGGAAGACGCCAAGCAGGGCGGCUGCAUAAUAGACUGGCACGCGUGCGACCUGUUUCCCAAGAGCUGGAUCGACCUGGUCGUGGUGCUACGGGCGGAUACAGCAACGCUAUAUGAUCGCCUGAAGGCGAGGAAAUACUCCGAGACGAAACUCCAAGAGAACAUGGACUCGGAGAUCAUGGAGGUGUUGUUGCAGGAGGCCAAGGAGUCGUAUGACGAGGAGAUUGUGGUUGAGCUACAGAGCGUGGACGCGGAUGAGAUGGAGAGCAACGUCGAAAGGAUCGAGCAGUGGUUGGACCAGUGGAAGAAGAACAAUGCCUCAUGAAGACUAUUUAAAGGGGUCUGGAGGAGGGAAAAGGUUGGCUGGGGAAUACCUAGGUAGUUAAGAACCGAGAAUCGUGACCUCGGAGUAAAAUCAUGAGAUAUGGCAUGACCAGUU